AUGGUGAUGAUGAUGAAGAGGAGGAUGGAAGUGAUGAUGGUGGUGACGAUGGUGGUGGUGGUGAUGAUGAUUGAUGGAAAUGAUGAUGGUAGUGGUGGUGAGAAUGGUGGUGAUGGUGGUGGUUGUCAUAGUCAUGGUGGAGAUGACAAUGAUGGUGGUGGUGGUGGUGGUUGUCAUAGUCAUGGUGGAGAUGACAAUGAUGGUGGCGGUUGUCAUAGUCAUGGUGGAGAUGAUGGUCGUGGUGGUGAUGGUGGUGGUGGUGGCAGUGGUGAUGAUGAUGAGGAGGAGGAGGAUGGAAGUGAUGGUGGUGGUGACGAUGGUGGUGGUAGUGAUGAUGGUUGA